CCGUUCAGUGUUGAUUUCUAGUUCCCAAGCUAUGUUCAAAAAAAAUUUGUCACGAAGAAAUUUGCCCUAUUUUAAGGGAAACGAUGUAGAGUGACUGCCUUUGGCUUAAGGGAAGCCAGCUUACAGAACUGAGAACUUCCCAUCGCUCAGUUUACACAUCUCUGGCAAAGAGAGUUUCCUUAGCAUAAAGCCAAUGAAAAGUGCUAACUGGAAGAAUUUGGGCUUUCCCAUGUGGGUAUCGGUUUUCUGUGCCUUGUUGCUUUGGUACAUGCUGCUGGAUUUAAGGGAGAGAAAAAGUGAUUGGAUGAACAUGAACCGAUGCUCCUCACCGCCCAGGACAGGGAACUAGGUCGCAGGGCUACUUCCUGGUGGCGCCUGAGGGAGGAGGAAUAUUCAGGAGCAGCAAUGGGCCAACGUGAACACCGUCACUCAGGACCACAUGGGAAGAACCAACUUGCCAGAGGAUCAGAGCUGAGGAUCAUUCUGGUGGGCAAAACGGGCACUGGCAAAAGUGCCACUGGGAAUAGCAUCCUCGGGAAGCAAGCGUUUGAGUCGCGGCUGGGCGCCCGGACCCUGACCAAGACUUGCAGUCAAAGUCGGGGAGGCUGGGGAGAGAGGGAGAUGGUCGUUAUUGACACACCAGAUAUGUUUUCUGGGAAGGACCACGCUGACUCCCCGUACAAGGAGGUCCAGAGAUGCUAUUCGCUCUCUGCCCCAGGACCCCAUGUGCUGCUCCUGGUGAUGCAGCUGGGCCGAUUCACCACCCAGGACCAGCAGGCUGCGCAGAGGGUGAGGGAGAUCUUUGGAGACGAUGCCAUGAGACACACAAUUGUCCUCUUCACCCACAAGGAAGACCUGGAGGGAGGGUCCUUGGUAGACUACAUCCACGACUCAGAGAACAAAGCCCUAAGCAAGCUGGUGGCAGCGUGUGGGGGGCGAGUGUGUGCCUUCAAUAACCGUGCUAAAGGCAGUGACCGGGACGACCAACUGAAGGAGCUCAUGGACUUGAUUGAGGACCUGGUGAGGGAGCACAAGGGUGACCACUAUGCCAAUGGGCUGUACGGCUUAGUGACAGGGUCAGAAGGUGGACCUGUGCAGUCAGAGGAAGCACUGAAGGAUUUCAAAGAGAGUCUUAUCAGUAAGUACAUGGAAAUUCAGAGACGUUACACAACCACGGCCAACGCCAAUUGCCUAAAACAAGCCCUAAUCAAAGCACUAGUCUGUCUUUUGUUUUGUAUUCAGUUGUUUGUCAAAUUGUUAAUUCUCUUAUUUUGUGUAUUGUACAGAAUGUGCAACUUGUUUUACUGCUCACUCUUUUGUAUAUACAAUUUCUUCUGUAGCUUCCUGUUAAUUAUACUCCAAAAGUUAAUGAUAAUUUCCAGAAAGACCACUGGACUGGAACGCAAGACUCCUAGACUAUAGGGACAGACCAGUAAUUAUCUGCUCACUGUCAUAUAGUGCGUGAAUCACAGGGCCUCCGUGUAAUGUACAGCCUGACAUCAGUGAAUGUUCGAGAUUCUGUGAAGCGUUUCAAUCUUAACAUCACCCUAUUUAUUAAUGAACCAAAUUAUUGUAAAAGUUACUGUUUGUUUCAAAAUAUAAUACCAAAACCAUUUGGAAGUUGCCUACAUAAAAUUCGUCUCAUUUUCAAAUCUCUAAAGCCAAUUUUAUGUUCAUGGAAACUCCCUUUGUUCUUCCUAAUACUAUUUCUACUGGACUUAAGAAAAAUAACAAUAAAAUUUCUACUCAAUAUAAUAAAAUAACAAGUAAACCAUAAA